AUGUCCGGCCUCUCUACCUCCCCGAUAUUCAACCACAUCAGCAUCAAAAAUCUACACCCAACCUUCGGCGCCGAAAUAAGCGGCGUAGACUUCUCCCAACCCGUUCCGCAAGAAGUCUUUAACGAGAUCCUCACUGCAAUAACCCAGUUUGGCGUAUGCGCGUUUCGGAAUACGGGACUGGACGAUGCACGUCACGUUGCGUUUGCAGCGCAGUUUGGCAAGUUGGAUGAUGUGACGCCCUACACGGCUGGUGGUCGGGCGCAUCGACUUUCUGAUGUGCGGUUGUUUGAUGUGGGGAAUAUCGAGUUGGAUGGGACGGUGUUUGCAUUGGAUAAUGUGCGGCGGGAGUGGAAUAAGGUGAGUAUGUUUCUGACAUGCUGCAGUCAUCUCGCGGAGGGUUCUCCGCUGAUUCAGAUGAGACAGGGCAAUGGACUAUUCCAUGUAGACUCGAGUUUCAAUCCCCGACGAGCUGGAUACUCGUUACUCCGAGCGCAUGAGCUACCACCAGCGGGGAUGGGCGGAGAGACUGAUUUCGCCGAUGUACGAACAGCCUUUGACGAACUACCGUCUGCAUUGAAGGAUGAACUUCGAGAAAAGGAUUAUAUCGCAGCGCACUCUCUCUGGCAUUCACGCAAGACAGCCGCGCCCGCGACAUUUGCACACAUCAAUCCUGACGAUUACCCGAUGGGACGACAUCGGCUGUUCCAACGACACGAGGCAUCAGGACGGGAGACAAUGUAUAUCGCCGCACACAUCCACCAUAUCGAGGGGCUAGAGCCCGAGGAUUCACAGGCCUUGUUCGACAAACUCUUUCAACACGCCACCCAGUCUCGCUAUGUGCUUCGCAUUAGCUGGGAACAGCCUGGAGACUUGAUUCUGUGGGACAACACGAGUGUGAUGCAUCGCGCGGUCGGGGGCAGCUUCGAAGGCAAGUUUCGACGGGAUAUGCGACGGGCAACUGUGCAUGAUGGGAGUGGCUCGGCGUGGGGGUUGAAUGAGCGGAGUGAAGUGCGGCAGGGUUUGCCGUGA